AAAAAAAAAAAAAAAAAAAAAAAAACCACCACUCUUGAUCUACUCCGACGAGAGGGAAAAAGCCCAAAGGCUGCAGCGCCAUCAGAAGUCCAACUCUCCCGAUCGAGACAGACAAAUGUGUUUUUUAUUUUUUAUUUUUACUGCAGAAGAUAAAAUUCAUCAGAUAUUUGGCCAGCUUCUACGGGGAGAGGGAAAAUAGAAAACACCAAAACAGGGGCACGCAGGCAGUGGAGGAAGAAGCACCAGGAAGAACAAGGGUUUAAGCGCCAUCUCUCUCUCUUCCACCGGUUCGUGUUUCUUUCAGCUUCCAAAUCUCGCUCUCUUAAACCCUCUCAACCCCAAUUACUCCAAAAUUGUUCUUUUCAAAUUUCCAGGUUCAACUUUCUGCACAAUUUUCUGAACUCCUCACAGCUUUAUAUCAUGUUUCUUUGCAGAUUGUUUAAUGUCAGCUAGAUUGACCCAUUUGUAUUUUUCUUUCAAAUUUCGUUUCUUUUUUGCAAUUAAGCGUUUUUACCAUCAGCUAGCUUCCUGGGUCACGUCAAAAUCUUAACUUGAGUAGCUUCAGUUUGGUCUAUAAUAGUUUAGAAACUUAGAAUCCAAGUGCUAAUUGAUGACAUCAGUACCGUCGAAGAACAUAUGGAUUCGGAGACAACAAUGCCCAUGUGGGGAUUGGAAAUGUUACGUGACAUACGAGGGAGAUGCUGAAGAGACUUCCAUAGCUUCUCAAUUGGUGAAAAAUGACACCACGCCUUCAGAAUCUAUGGUUGCCCCUUAUGUUGGAAUGGUUUUCAAGAAUGAUAAUGAUGCGUUCGAGUAUUACGGGAAUUUCGCGAGAAAGAAUGGUUUUUCGAUUAGGAAAGAGCGGUCGAGGCUUAGCCCGCAAUUAGGCAUUUACAAACGUGAUUUUGUUUGUUACCGUUCUGGGUUUGCUCCUGUAAAGAAGAAGCCUGCGGGGGAACACCAUAGGGAUAGGAAGUCGGUUAGGUGCGGAUGUGAUGCCAAGAUGUACUUGUCCAAGGAGGUUGUUGAUGGGGUUUCUCAAUGGUUUGUUGUGCAAUUCAGUAAUGUUCAUAACCAUGAACUUCUGGAAGAUGAUCAAGUUCGUCUCCUUCCGGCGUAUAGAAAGAUUCACGAGGCGGAUCAAGAACGGAUACUUUUACUCUCUAAAGCUGGGUUUCCCAUACAUCGCAUUGUGAAGGUGCUGGAGUUGGAAAAGGGGAUUCAAGGUGGGCCACUGCCCUUUUUGGAGAGGGAUGUUAGAAAUUUCGUUCAAAAUCGUAAGAGGAUUGUUCAAGAAAACGAUGCCUUGCUAACUGAGAAGAGAGAAAACGACACAAUGGAACUCCUUGAAGCAUGCAAAGCGACGAAAGAGGCAGAUGAAAAUUUUGUUUAUGACUUUACAGUUGAUGAUAAUGAUAAAGUUGAGAAUAUUGCGUGGUCCUAUGGUGAUUCGAUCCAUGCUAACCUGUUUGGUGAUGUAGUGUAUUUCGACACUUCAUAUCGAUCAAUCACGUACGGAAUGCUUUUUGGAGCAUGGCUUGGCAUUGACAGCAAUGGGAGAGUCAUCUUCUUUGGUUGUGUUCUACUGCAAGAUGAAACAUCCCGUUCCUUCUCGUGGGCUUUACAGACUUUUGUUCGUUUCAUGAGAGGAAGAUGUCCACAAACAAUUAUAACUGAUCUUGAUCCUGGGCUUAGGGAUGCCAUUCGGACUGACUUACCCGCCACAAACCAUGUCAUCUCCAUAUGGAAUAUUCUUUCCAAGGUCUCCAGUUGGUUCUCGCAGCCACUCGGAUCUCGUUUUGCAGAGUUUAAAUCCGAGUUCGACGCAUUAUGUCGGCUGGAAGGUACAGAGGAGUUUGAACUUCAAUGGAAUCAAAUGGUUUCAGUGUUUGGACUUGGUACAGAGAAACAUAUCGACUUGCUCUAUUCAUUUCGGGCAUCUUGGACACCAUGCUAUACAAGAGGAUACUUGCUUGCUCAAAUGGCAACGACUGCAUACUCGAAAUCCGUUGACGCAUUCCUGAAGGGUGUUUUCAAUGCUCAAACAUGUUUACGUACCUUCUUUGAGCAGGUCGGUAUUUCUGCUCAUUUUCCAAAUCAGGCACGUCCAGAGAUGCAGUACAUGUAUGCUAAGACAUGCAUACCCAUUGAAGAGCACGCCCGGAGUAUUCUUACACCUUUUGCUUUCAAUGCUUUUCAACAUGAAUGCCAUCUGGCAUUGCAAUAUGCAACCUCCGAAAUGGCUAAUGGGUCAUACCUUGUGCGCCACUUCAAGAAGAUUGACGGCGAGCGUCUUGUAAUAUGGAUUCCAGAAGAUGAACAGAUCCACUGCUCCUGUAAAGAGUUUGAAUCUUCAGGAAUACUAUGCAGACAUGCUCUGCGAGUGUUCAUAGUAAAGAACUACUUCCAGCUUCCCGAAAAAUACUAUUUGAAUAGGUGGAGAAGAGAAAGUUCUCUGGUCUUUUAUGAUGAAAACGGUACUGAACAUAGCAAUGAUGAAUGGUUUCAAGAAUACCAGUGUCUUACCGAAGGUCUGUUUGCAGAAUCGUCGAUUACCAAGUUGCGUUCCGAUCAUGCUCGUACGGAACUGACAAAAGAACUUGCAAGAAUCUUGAAUGAGGUUAGACAUAUGCCAGAGAGUGAAGGAGUGGCAAUGGAUGUGACGCUGUCACCUACUGGUUGAAUUUAAAGUGGUUUGCUGCCUUGGUGCUUAAUGCUUUAUGUGGUAGCAAAUGCAGCCACUGCUUUGAUCUGCUAAUCUAUUAGCCAAGUGAAGUAUAUAGGAUCAGAAGGUGAUAAAGGGAUAAAAUGGUUUGCAUUUCUUUUAUCUUCCUAUGGUGGAUGAUAAAAAUUAAGCAUUUUGAGACGGGCCAACGAUAACAAUCUUUAUGAGUUUAUGACUCCCUGAAUGAAGAAUAACAAGAUUCUGCGUCAAAAGCGGACAAGGGAAAAGGAAACACUCUGGAUGUGUUGUAUGUGUAUAAUGUUGUCACUGUUUUUUUAUAUAAUGAAUCAGAGUUUUCUGCGUUAUUACGCUCUUGUUUCAUAAUUUAUGGCAACUUCGAGGAGUUGCUUUCAUGACUGAUUGCCUACUUUAGUCAGGUACAGCCUCUUUAUGCCAAAGUAUAUAAUGUAAAUUCUUCUAUACUGGAAAUUUCAAUGGAACUUUUUGCAU